AUGGGAAUGUGUGGUAUUGAGCAGGAAAAUACCAGCGAGUUUCAAAGAGAUAUGAAAAGGUAUAUGCGGUCAUCUUGGGCACUAUUUUCAUUUCAAAAAUUUAUGACAACUAUUUCGCGUAUCCAGGCUAUCAACUUUAUUGAUUAUGACUCCUCUUUCAGAGAGGAAAGAGGAGAGAGGAAAGAGGAAAAAGGAAAGGGCAAAAGUGUUCAAGUCUCAUGCAAUCUUAACAAUGCAGCUUGUAAAUUGGAACUGAAAAAUAUCAUAUCAAGGACAGUGAAACUCAGUUGUGAAGUCCUAGAAAUUUACAGGUACAGAAGGGCACAAGCAUAUAUUGAUCUGGUAGAGAAAGAUAUAAAGCAAGAAUGCAAGACAAGAAAAUUGAUGCCACAGGUAAGGAGGAUGGGAAUGUGUGGUAUUGAGCAGGAAGAUGGGAAUGAAAAUACCAGCGAGUUUCAAAGAGAUAUGAAAAGGUAUAUGCGGUCAUCUUGGGCACUAUUUUCAUUUCAAAAAUUUAUGACAACUAUUUCGCGUAUCCAGGCUAUCAACUUUAUUGAUUAUGACUCCUCUUUCAGAGAGGAAAGAGGAGAGAGGAAAGAGGAAAAAGGAAAGGGCAAAAGUGUUCAAGUCUCAUGCAAUCUUAACAAUGCAGCUUGUAAAUUGGAACUGAAAAAUAUCAUAUCAAGGACAGUGAAACUCAGUUGUGAAGUCCUAGAAAUUUACAGGUACAGAAGGGCACAAGCAUAUAUUGAUCUGAAAUCUUGGGAUAUGAGUAGAGACAAGAAAAUUGAUGCCACAGGUAAGGAGGAUGGGAAUGUGUGGUAUUGA